GAGGGCGGUGCGCCCGUGCAAGUACCACGUGGGUGCGGCACCGCGAGUACAGUGAGCGCGAGGCUGCUCCGACAGGGACCCCAAUGGCCGAUCGCCCGCAAGACGCUCCCGAGCACUGCCCUGGAACAAGCAGCGAGCAGGCCGGGAAGGUGUCGGCCUGCCAAGGAUGCCCCAACCAGACACUGUGUGCAUCUGGCGUGACGAAGGCUCCAGAUCCAGCGAUUAAAGAAAUAAAGGAGAGGUUGGCCUCUGUGAAGUACAAGGUGCUGGUGCUGUCGGGAAAAGGCGGCGUGGGAAAGAGCACCUUCAGCACUCAGCUGGCUCGUGGCAUUGCGGAGGACAAAACCAAACAGGUUGCUCUAUUGGACAUUGACAUCUGCGGUCCAUCUAUUCCAAGAAUCAUGGGGCUGCAAGGCCAUCAGGUUCAUCAGAGUGGCGCGGGCUGGUCUCUUGUGUAUGUUCAGGAGAAUUUAGGUGUCAUGUCGGUGGGGUUCCUGCUCAGCAGCCCCAAUGAUGCUGUGAUAUGGCGCGGACCGAAAAAGAAUGGCCUGAUCAAGCAGUUUCUGCGGGACGUGAACUGGGGCACCGUAGACUACCUUGUGGUGGACACUCCGCCGGGCACCUCGGAUGAGCACCUGUCCAUCGUCCAGUAUCUGAGUGAAACGAACCUCGACGGGGCAGUGAUCAUCACCACGCCACAGGAGGUGUCUUUGCAAGAUGUACGAAAGGAGAUAAACUUCUGCAGGAAAGUGAACCUACCAAUCAUCGGCGUCGUAGAGAACAUGAGUGGGUUCAUCUGCCCAAAGUGCAAGAACGAGUCACAGAUUUUCCCGCCCAGCACGGGAGGCGCUGUGGAAAUGUGCCGCGGCAUGAACGUGCCUUUCCUGGCGAAGCUUCCCCUCGACCCAAGGCUAGGGCGGUGCUGCGAUGAGGGAAAGUCUUUUGUCGCAGAGGUCCCAGACUCAGCGGCGGCGUUGGCUUUCCGAGAGAUCAUCCAAAAGAUUCAGGAAUAUUGCACAUCCAUCAAAAUGAAUAACGGCUGAAGCAAGAACUCCACACCGUAUGCGAACCCAGUGAUGGCUGCUGUUGAAGACACAUGGACAUUUGUUUUCCCUUCACAGAAAAUGUGUUUAUUGCAAAUGGUAACAUUCCAAAAUUACAAGAAUGCAAAUGUUUAUUUUAUAAUCGUCACGUCUUUGAAAAAUUGUUGCAUAGAUGCAAUAAAUUAUUUCUGAUUCUGCAGUUUCAAAAUACAUGUUAAGAUUUUUGUUUUCCUAAGCCGACAAACAAGCAUAUCUCAACUUGGGCAGGUGGUGGGGGUGAACAAACCCAAAACUUUGGGCUCUCAAAACCUGAGCCGUUCCACCACCGAGUGUUUGAUGUUCACGUCUGCUAGGCGAGUUCUACAGGAUACUUACAGAGAAAAUAAACCUGUGUUUUCUGCGACCUCAAAAUAUUUGUUAUACCAGUAUGAUAUUUCUGCAAUUUACAUGUAAUGCAAAUAAUGUAAUGUACCUCUUGAUUUCAUUUAAAAAAACAGCAUGGUCCUGCACCUAAACAUUAACAAUAAACAUAAUAUACUUCCCCUCGGAAUGUAUCACCUCUAAAUUGCGUCAAUGGCACUUGAUCAAUAUUUAUCCAACCAGGAGAUUAGAGCCCUCAUCUGACGUGUUUAAUUUACUGGAAAAAAGAAAAUACAUUUUGAGUAGCUCAUUGCAUUUAUAUUCAGGAAAAGAAAAAAACCCCCAGAAUAUUCUAAAUGAGUAACAAGUGGUAUAUGUAAAAUUUUAAUGCACCAAGAUUCCCGGCUUUAAUACAUGUGAGAGAGAAAAAAAUAGAAGUUCUCACAAGUGUUUGUGAAAAAGUGUUCAUUGCACGAUUCUCAGGAUCAGACCCGAUUGAUGUGUUGGUAUAAAUAGCGAUUCCACCAAUAUUUGGUGCAUGGAUUAACUGCCAAAUUGCCACAGCUUUUUGCAGAUCUGUUUUAAGUUUCAAUCAAAUAAAAAAAUAUUCUGUCA